CGUAAUUGUCGACUAUUGUAACCAUUGUCAAAAGGAACUGACGCGUCGGGGACCAUGCGAAGCCAUUAUUCGGACCUCAGUACGUAUUGUUCUCCUACUUAUUCCCUCCGGAUUUCCCUCUCUUCUUUCUUUUUUACUACCAUCAUCUCCUCCUCGACAUUCGGCUGCGCCAGUCACCCACAUUCUUUCAAAGAUGCUGUUCUUCACAUUCGUUCUCCGGCUUCUGAUCUUCAUCACGUUCGCUAAUGCCCUUGCCAUUCCUUUCAGACGGGCGCACUUCCACCAAGGCAGAAACAGAAAACUUCGAAUUCGACAAUCCCCUUCUUCCACUAUUUCCUUGUCGGUAGCUAGCUCUAUCUUGACGCCCGCCUCGUCUGUAUCCGUCGCUGCGUCUGCAUCGUCAUGUAUAAUAAGACCAUCUUCAUCCUCAGCGGCUUCAUCGACGCUUUCCGUUUCGACAGCUUCUGAUAGUACAGACAGCGCAGCACUCAGUUCUUCGACUGCACCUCUAACUGCCUCGUCGACGGUUCUCGUUUCAACAGCAUCUAAUACCGUUACGACUAUUUCUUCGUCGGCGAUGGAAGUAGCUUCGUCAACCACUCCGGUUUCAGAUGUCAAUACUGCAACACUCACUUCCUCGUCUUCAACUGCAACUGCCUCUUCAUCUGACAACUCCACAAGAAAAUUUGUCGUAGCGCAUCAUAUGGUUGGCAACACGUACCCAUACACGUCCGAUGAUUGGGCAGUAGACAUAUCUCUCGCUUCUGCAUCUGGAAUUGAUGGCUUUGCCCUGAACGUUGGCAUCGACGAUUUUCAAAAAGAUCAAGUUGCUGCUGCAUACGAAGCUGCGCAGCAGUCAGGUUUGGAUUUCAAGCUGUUCCUUUCUCUUGACAUGACGUCCUUGGCGUGUGCAACGGCCGAUAAUGCCCAGUCGAUACGAUCAUGGGUUCAGACGUAUCUUACGCAUAGUAAUCAGCUCAUGUAUGAUUCCCGUGCAUUAGUCUCCACAUUCUCCGGAGAAACUUGCACGUUCGGCCAGAGCAGCGUUGCAGAGGGUUGGAAGUCUCAGUUUGUUCAACAUUCCGACCUUCAAGGCCAGAUCUUUUUUGUUCCGUCCUUCUUCGUGGACCCAUCGACCUUCUCGGAUUACAAAGAUGUCAUGGACGGAGAUUAUAAUUGGAAUUCUGGCUGGCCUGUUGAUUUGACGACGUCUGUUGCUGAUGCGAUCUUGGCGAAUACAAGUUCUACUGCCAGCGAGAGUACAGGCAACGCCUCCCUGAUUGUAGCUACUGUGGUUUCGGCGACAUCCACCAUCGAAUCGGUGUUCAGUCAGUUCAUUGGCUCGACGGAAACAGAUCAACAACAUCUUGAAGGAUUGGCAGCCCUUUCAGAGGGACUAUCCUCUCGAGAUGAGUCCAGUUCAGAGCUUGCAUACAUAGCUGCUGUCUCUCCUUGGUUCUUCACACACUAUGGUCCCGAUAGUUACAACAAAAAUUUCGUCUACCUAUCUGAUGAUCACCUAUACUCCCGGCGCUGGGAGUCCUUGAUCGAAUCUAGGGAUUCUAUCAGCAUCGCAGAGAUAAACACUUGGAACGAUUACGGCGAAUCUCAUUACAUUGGGCCCAUUAAGGGUGCUCAACCUAACAGUGAAGCGUGGACGGACGGUAUGAACCACACAGCAUGGUUGGGGUUGACUGCAUAUUAUGCCUCCGCCUUCAAGACUGGAACUUACCCGACGAUCGAGAAGGACCAGAUCUACAUGUGGUCGCGACCUCAUCCAGCUGCUGCAGAGGCACCUGAUUCUGUACCCCAGCCCACCAAUUACCAACUGUUCCAAGAUUAUGUGUGGGCUGUCGUCCUCACCACUGCUCCGUCAUCUGUGACGCUGAGCACUUCAGAUUCUUCGUCACAAACAUUUGAUGUUCCUGCCGGUCUAAGCAAGCUCUCUGUUCCUAUCAGCGCCGGUGAUACCAUGAAAGGGUCAAUUGUCAGAGACAACCAGACUGUGGUUGAGCUGAGCGCCGACAGCUUUACCUUCCAAGGCAGCCCACAGACAUAUAACUUUAACGCUUUUGUUGCCAGCGCAAGCGCUGAGUAGAAAAAUUCUCAGUAUAUAAGUUUCCCGAAACGUCGGGAACGUUGGAAAUCUUGAUACUGAACGUCGUUUCUUGGUCAUAGAACAUGUAUUAGUAGCUUUCGGUCUGCCAAUCAAUGUAUAUGUACUAGUAUGGUGAUCGGGGCUUGUCUGCGAAGGUCGGACUGCUG